AUGCCUCGCAAUCCGAAGAGUGAUGCUGAGAAACACGAAUCCCCCCAACAUCCCACAUCAUUUUUCGGCGUCCUCAUGCAACGUAUUCUCACUCUUCUUUCUUCCGAUAUUCACUCCGAAAUCGUACGGACAGAAUCUACUCCUUCCGUCCCCCCACCUGGAAAAUUUCACAUUGGGGAUGAUUUCCACCGUUGGGCUCGGGCGGCCCAGGACUCUAUCGAACUUGUUCCGCCAUCAGAUCGCAGAAUUGUGCUACUGUCCCUCAUUGAGGGCGAGGCCAAUGAUAUUGUGCGCGAUGAAGGUGUACUCGACGCGCCCAUCACCCCAGAAACCUUCCAGAGACUUCGAGAUUGUCUCACAGAUCGCCUUCAUGCAGCGGAAUUCGCUCAUCAGUUCCAAACCCGUAUCCAAUUCCCUGGCGAACGGCUGACCUCCUUUUUUCGUGCACUUCGUCGUCUAGCAGUGGGAGCAUUCCCGGACAAUGAAUCCAUCGACCGCGACGCGAAGGUUCUCACGCAGAUCCUGGUGGGUACGCGGGACCCCCUGGUGAGACGCCACUUCCUCCUCAACCCACCACCUACCGUAGCGGCAGCAUUGGACACCGCCCGGCGCCUCGAACAGGGUGAGGCUGUACUCAGUCGCGAUCAACUACCCGAAGCACCAACAAUCGCCCUCGUGAGUAGCCGUCGCCCGCAACGUCCCUUCCGGCCGCGUUACAAUCAGGGCCGCCUGUGGUACCCAUGGUGCCAGCCCCCCCCCCCACAUCUUGGACGUCGCCCAGGGAUUGCUACUACUGCCAGCGGUUCGGAACCGACGCACGAGCAUGUGGCCAUAACCGCCCCGGUGAGUCCACCAUUUCUCUCUGUGCGUGCCACACAUCUUUGUUGUCCUCGGUUCCCGUCAUUGAUAUUAAUGCCUGGGACGCUCCAACUACUGCCCGCGUCGACACUGGAGCAGCGUGCUCCUUGA